AUGGGACAUGAAAACGAUGCAGUGGUGACAAUUAGCGGCGACAAGUUGACCAUUGCCGACUUGAUCGCUGCUUCACGACACGAGGUGAGAUGCCGUAUCACCAAAGACAAGUCAGUCCUCGACAAGGUCGACGCCAGCGUGAACUUCCUCGCUCAACAGCUGGAAAAAGGGACACCAAUAUAUGGAAUCAACACUGGCUUUGGCGGAUCCGCGGACACGCGAACUUCACAAACUAUUGACUUGCAAAAGGCGCUCGUCCAGCUUCUUCAGACAGGCAUUCUCCUGCCAUCUGAUGUUGGAAUGCAUGAUGGCGGAGAUUCAGAGGCAAUUGCAUCUCUGAAUAGACACUCGCUACCCAGGAGCGCGGUUAGAGGAGCCAUGCUUGGACGAUGCAACUCUUUACUGCGUGGACACUCUGCAGUACGGCGAGAAGUCAUCGAGACUUUGAUGCACAUGCUCAACCUCGACCUCAUCCCCGUGGUGCCACUCCGCGGAUCGAUAUCGGCUUCUGGAGAUCUCAUGCCACUUGCAUACAUUGCCGGCGCAAUAGAGGGAAAUCCAGGCAUUCACGUCAGCUGUCCAGCCAAAGACGGACGCAAGAUAUUGCCAUCGAACGAGGCACUUCAGUAUGCGGGUAUCGCGCCUUUGACUCUUGGACCGAAAGAAGGCCUUGGUAUUGCCAAUGGGACCAUUGUCAGCGGUACUGUAGCCAUGCUGGGGUUUCACGAGACUCAAUACCUCGCGCUCUUGGCGCAAGCUUUGACCGGCAUGUGUACUGAAGCAAUGCGUGGCACUAUCGAUAACCAUCAUCCAUUCAUCGCAACGGUCAGACCUCACUCUGGCCAGAUCGAAGCUGCGGAAAACAUAACGAGAUUCUUCAGGGGCUCGAGACUUGCCACUAGCCACCUUUCAGGCGCGAAGACAAACGGACUAGCACAAGAUCGGUAUGCACUCAGAACGGCCUCUCAGUGGAUGGGGCCAUACCUUGAAGAUCUUCAGCUUGCAGCACAGCAACUUGAAACUGAACUAAACUCCACGACCGACAACCCACUCAUCGAUGUCAAAAAUGGCCAUGUCCACCACGGUGGCAACUUCCAAGCGACCUCUGUCACAUCAGCUACCGAGAAGACCCGCCUUAGCCUGCAAAUGCUGGGCAAGCUGAUGUUUGCGCAAAGCUCCGAGUUGAUCAACCCCAUGAUGAACGGCGACCUACCUCCUAACCUCAGCUUUGACGAUCCAAGUCUAUCAUUCACGUUCAAGGGUAUCGACAUCAACAUGGCGGCGUACAUGUCAGAGCUGGGGUUUCUCGCGAAUCCUGUCAGCUCGCACGUCCAGUCAGCCGAGAUGAACAAUCAGGCUAUCAAUUCCCUCGCAUUGAUCUCGGCUCGGUACACACUUGAUGCUGUCGAAAUUGUCUCGAUGAUGGCUGCCUCACAUCUAUAUGCCUGCUGUCAAGCGCUCGACCUCCAAGCAAUGCACGAUCAACUCACAGAAAGAAUUCGAUCGGCUACUGAGAAGACCAUGCGGGGCUUGUUCCAGUCGCUUCUCGACGGAAAUGAACUGGACGCGAUUGUGUCGAUAGCCUUCGAGGCAAUUGCUCGUGGGCUCAAGGAGGCGAAAAGUAAGGACAUCCAACAGCAGUCCGCCGCCGCCGCAGAUUCUACAAUCGCUCCCUUGUUCGCUGUUUUCUCCAAAGUCGAUAAGUCAGAUGAAGCAAAGGGCAAGCUCUUUACCUCAAUCGCAGUCUGGAAGGAACAAUGCUCAAAACUCGUUGCGGACUCAAUCGUGUACACACGGCGACUCUUCACGUCCGGAGCCAGCGCAAUCACUCGUGUCUACUUAAGCCACGGUUCGAAGAAGCUGUACGAAUUUGUGCGCGACGACCUCCGAGUCCCGCUUCACAAGGGGCUUGUCGAGCAUCCAACGGCAGAUAGACCGAGCCCUGAAGGCAUACAGGUGGCAGCGAACAGCAGAUAUAUCAUCGGCAAGCAGGUCAGUGUCAUCUAUCAGGCGUUGCGGAGCGGCAGGAUCCACAACGUCCUGGUUGAGAGCUUGCUAUGA